AUGAAGAACCUACUACGAUACGACGUUGCUCUUUGGCAGAUACACGAAACGGAAGACGAUUGCGACCUCAUCAUUCGAACCAACAACGGACGAGCCUUUUAUUGCACAAUCUCCCCAUCGCAAUUUCAUCGGUCGCCCAGAAUCACAGAGCAGUACUUCAAAUGCCUCGAACUGCUGCGGUCUGGGGAAGACGAGCAGGACGAUUUCUAUGUUGAAGAUGCUUGCGACUGGCUGUCCAGAAUGUUCGAGCCUCUCAUCACCCAGCUGGCGCCGCCGUCUCCAGUGCUUCCUAACGGUAGUCUGCCAACUCUAUCCCAGUAUCUUUUCCCCCCGCACAUCGUUUGCGGCCUAGAUGCCACCGACGAUGUCCCACACCCGUAUCAGGCAGAGAAUCAGAGUCAUGGAUGGUGCAGCCCCGUUGUGGUUGCUGACGAUGUGUUGCUUGGGAAUCUCGAUCAGUGGGCUCGAUCCUACGAUCCCUCUGAUGUCGAGAUACUGUACGAUCGCCCUGAAGAUGUCUUGAUAAGACGACCGACUAAGGUUCUUGUUGAUGCGGGAAAUGGUGAUAAGGUCAUGUGUUACUUCAAACAUUUUGGACUCUCGUUCGGUCAAGCGCAUGCCAGGAGCGAACUCGCGAGAUUGAACGAAAUUGCUACGGCGCAGAUACCUCCUGCCCCUGACGCAUGGAUCUGUCGCCUACACGGCAUUGUUCGAGACGGGAACAACUUGAUGGGCAUGCUGUUCAAUUGGAUCGAGAAGAAAGGAGUGCUGUCAAGAGCAAGAGCAAACCAGAGUACAUCCGAGAUCAGGAAACGUUGGAGAACACAGAUCAGUACAUCUCUGAAGCAGCUACACUGCAAAGGCAUCGUCUGGGGCGAUGCCAAGGCUGAAAACGUCCUGAUCGAUCAGGAUGACAAUGCCUGGAUUAUCGAUUUUGGGGGCAGUUACACACCUGGAUGGGUAGACCAGGAGAAAGCUGGGACGAUGGCAGGUGAUGCACAAGGGUUAACCAAAAUACUUGAUUUUCUUCGCUAA